AUGUGUUCCCUAGAAAUCAUGCAAAACCAAAGCUUUGUAACUGAGUUUGUCUUCCUGGGACUUUCACAGAAUCCACAUAUUGGGAGAAUUGUGUUCAUUAUAUUUCUGUUCCUCUACAUUGCAACAGUCUGUGGCAAUCUGCUGAUAGUGGUGACGGUCGUCAACUGUCCAGCACUCCUGGGCUCCCCAAUGUACUUCUUCCUGGCUUAUCUGUGCUUUUUGGAGGCAUGUGUCACUUCUGUCAGUGCCCCCAAAAUGAUUAUAGACUGUCUCUAUGAGAAGAAAACCAUCUCCUUUGGAGGGUGUAUGACCCAGAUCUUUGCUGCACACUUCUUUUCAGGGGCAGAGUUGCUUGUGCUCACAGCUAUGGCCUUUGACAGGUAUGUGGCCAUCUGUAAACCCUUGCACUACACUACUAUCAUGAACCCAAGACUCUGUGGCAUCCUGAUUGGAGUAGCCUGGACAGGGGGCUUUCUGCAUUCCAUUAUACAAAUUCUCUUUACUUUUCAACUUCCUUUCUGUGGACCUAAUGUCAUUGAUCACUUUAUGUGUGACUUGUUCCCAUUACUGAAGCUUGCCUGCACUGACUCACAUGUCUUUGGCCUUUUUGUGGUGGCCAACAGUGGAUUCUUCUGCAUCCUGAUCUUCUCUAUGUUGCUUGUGUCAUAUGGGGUCAUCCUGUUCUCCCUGAGAAACCACAGCACUGAAGGACAGAGGAAAGCCCUCUCCACCUGUGGGUCUCACAUUACAGUUGUAAUUUUGUUCUUUGUCCCUUGUAUAUUCGAAUAUGCACGGCCUCCAACUUCCUUCUCCUAUGAUAAACUAGUAGAGAUGUUCUAUACAGUGCUAACUCCCUUUCUCAAUCCUUUGAUUUAUGCUUUCCGAAAUAAGGAAGUGAAAAAUGCCAUGAGGAAACUGUGGAAUAAAUGA